AUGUUGAUGGGACUUUCCAACGACAUGCGGGAUAUAGACGGCUCGCGCAAGACAGCAGACAUAAACUAUGAACUCCUUCGACAAAGCAUAGAUAUCGCUGCUCUUCAGAAAACAAGGCUGGCAGACUCUGGUACGUUGAAGGAAAAGUACUACACCUUCUUCUGGAAGGGAAAACACUUUGAUGAGCCAAGAGAGCACGGUGUAGGCUUUGCAGUCAAAAACAGCCUACUGAGUACGGUAGAACCAGAUGGCGAAGGAUCAGAACGACUCCUUACCCUUCGCCUAAAUACCACCACAGGUCCAAUCACCCUUGUAAGUGUUUAUGCAAUAACACUGACGUUACCUCCAGAAACAAAAGACCUGUUCUACGAGAAGCUGUCAUCAGUCAUAAGGAACAUCCCUGACAAAGAGCAGCUCAUUCUUUUGGGCGACUUCAACGCCAGAGUCGGCACAGACAAUGACUCGUGGCCGUCAUGCUUGGAUGCAACCAAAAAUAUUCCACUGUUCACGGAAACAGGGCAUUCCUUGCAUCAACGUCAGCAACCCAAGCUUACUCAGAAGUUUGCAGAAACCUUUGAGCAGGAACUGGAGUUCAUACAAAAAGAGACCUCAACCGAGGAAAGGUGGGGGACCUUGAGGGACAUCAUACAUAGCACUGCCCUGGAAGCCUUUGGUAAAAGAACAACAAAGACAACAGACUGGUUCGAGGCAAUGUCCUCUGUGAUGAUUCCUGCGAUAUAA